AUGGAAAGGGUUCCCGAAUCGAAACCACUUCCCAGCCAGUUACCCUCUGAAGCUAAGGCGACAAGUACUCCGACCUCUUUGUUAAAAAAGGAGAUUAAGAUCCCACCAACAUUACGGGAUUCUUUCGCCCCUGCACGAGCAUGGAAAGGAAAAGGCUCUUUGCAGGAUGAAGACAAAAUCAUGCCUGAUAUUGCUUCGUUUGAACUCAGUGGAGAUUCAUUUGAAGAAAUUGGUUCUACUUCAUUCCAUGGGGUGAGUCAUCCCCCUGAACCUGUUGAUAUGGACCUGAUGAGACCGGUCUAUGUACCAAUUGGACCGAGCAAUGAUUCUGAGGAAAAAGAAUGUAUAUGGGAUGCUUCAUUACCUCCAAGCGGCAAUGUUAGUCCACACAGUAGCAUUGAUAGCGCCGGGGUUGUUACAGCUAUGAGCAUUGUUAAUAGCUACACGAGCACAUACAGGAGUGAUGGGAUAAUGAGUGAUGAUGGAAUGCUAUGCGUGGAUAGAAACUAUGCGAGUACAAAAGGGAGCUUUCGAGGGGAUUCUCUAGAGAGUACUAAAACUAGCAUUAGUCGAGCAAGUUAUAGCAGUGGUCUUAGUAAUGAUAGUAACUGGAGUAACAUCACUGGCAGUGGAAAUAAGCCUCACAAAGGAAAUGAUCCCAGAUGGAAGGCUAUACUCGCUAUUCGAUCACGUGAAGGUAUAUUAGGCAUGAGCCAUUUCAGGUUACUUAAAAGACUUGGCUGUGGAGACAUUGGAAGUGUGUAUCUGUCUGAGCUGAGUGGGACCCGGCGUUUCUUUGCUAUGAAGGUGAUGGAUAAGGCAUCCCUUGCUAGCCGGAAUAAGUUGUCUAGGGCUCAAACAGAAAGAGAAAUCCUGCAGCUGCUGGACCAUCCAUUCCUACCGACUUUGUACACUCAUUUUGAGACAGACAGGUUUUCGUGCUUGGUCAUGGAAUAUUGCCCAGGAGGCGAUCUGCAUACCCUGAGGCAGCGACAAUCAGGGAAACAUUUUUCAGAGUAUGCUGCACGGUUUUAUGCAGCUGAGGUUCUGUUGGCACUCGAGUAUCUUCACAUGCUGGGAGUUGUGUACAGGGACCUGAAACCAGAAAAUGUUCUGGUCCGGGACGAUGGUCACAUUAUGCUUUCUGACUUUGAUCUUUCCCUGAGGUGUGCAGUUUCGCCGACCCUCAUAAGAACUUCUACACUUGAUUCAGCUCCUAAUAAACGAGGAGCUGCAUUCUGUGUACAGCCAGCAUGUAUCGAGCCCAUGUCAUCAUGCAUUCAGCCUGCAUGCUUCCUUCCCCGAAUCUUUCCACAGAAGACCAAGAAAAAAUCCAGAAAGCCCCGAGCAGAGCUUGGGUUGCCAUCCAGUGCGCUGCCCGAGCUAGUUGCAGAACCCACUGCAGCACGGUCCAUGUCAUUUGUUGGGACCCACGAAUACUUAGCCCCUGAGAUUAUCAAGGGUGAAGGCCAUGGCAGUGCAGUUGAUUGGUGGACAUUUGGUAUUUUCCUACACGAAUUACUGUAUGGUAAAACCCCUUUCAAGGGCUCGGGGAAUCGCGCAACUCUUUUCAACGUAAUAGGACAACAGCUCAAGUUUCCGGAUUCGCCUUCAACCAGUUAUGCCAGUCGAGAUCUUAUCCGUGGAUUGCUUGUUAAGGAGCCGCAACAUCGGUUUGGGGUGAAGAGAGGAGCAACAGAGAUCAAGCAGCACCCUUUCUUUGAAGGUGUUAAUUGGGCUCUUAUACGAUGCAGUACACCACCAGAGGUGCCUAGACCAAUUGAGGCUGAGCUUCCCAUGAAGUUUGGACAAGUUGACCCUAUUGGAGUUGGCAGUAGCAGCAAAAGGGUAGUAGGAACAGACAUGAAGUCAGGGGGUAGAUAUCUGGACUUUGAGUUCUUUUAG